CUUCAUGCCUAGCCUUUUCUCUCGUUCUCGUACCAAUUCGACGCCAAAGAAACCGUCUCCAGAGGUGGCCUUCGAUGAAUUCGGCCGCAUAACGAGUAGGGGCUCUAGCAGGUCGCUCACCCCCGCAACUACGAAGAAGGAAAGAAAGUCCAAGGACAAAAGUCGCUCAAAACAGUUACCAACCGAGCCCGAGUCGCCAGAGUUCUCCAUUCCAGACGGCUACCUGCCCUUGAACCUCAAUCCGCAGCGUUACGAGCCCGGCGAGGAACCGGCGCAGGAGCGCAGACAACUUCUCGACUACGGCUACUUGUGCUACCAGCGACAUGUCGUACUGGGCCUGGAAGAGGUCGCGAAGCUCGUAGAUGUUGUGGGGCACGAGCUUGGCACCCGCGGUCUGACUACGCCGUUCAUCUUCUCAUCACUCGCACUGGAUGUGUCCUCCGCCGCUGUCAAGCGGCUCAUCGACGCUUUCUUGAAGACAUGCGACGGACGCUACUCGGCGGAGGCGGAGAGACAGUGGCGAGAGGAGGCAAGGCUGACGGGGCCCCACGAGCUUGGUAUGUGCCUCCGUUGGGGUCUCGCACGGAUCGUGAGGAUCGUCGGCAGCCAAGAAGUGCGCGGCUUGUUGUCGUACGCCAGCUACAUCGACUGGAGUCAGGCAGAAGCAGCGUUUAAAUACCCGCCCACGUACUUUGAGACCUUCGUCGCCUCUCUGGAACCUAUCCUGCAGUCACUGCUCGUCAGCCUGCUCGGAUUGCUCACUCGAUUCAUCGCCCAUUCUUCUUCUUCGGGACACACGCCACCGACGCUUUCACCCCUUUUCGGACCUCUUUUCUUCGGCCUGGGGCCCUCGAGUCUUGCUUUUCAUCAUGUAUACGUUCACUAUCUCCGUGCGGUCGCUGCGACCGAACACCUUCUAUUUGCCUUCAUCCGCUGGCAAGACGCACCAAGUGCCGAGGGCUCGAGUUCCACCACACUCGGUGUGCCGGCACGGCUCAAGGCGUGGAUAAAGGGAUACCCUGCGAUGCUCCCUACAAUUAACCCCAUGGAGCGACCACAGCCCCGGCGGGGCGCGCGUACGACUCGUGUCGUCAGCGUGCGCCGCAACGUGCGCAUGUACAGCGCCGACCUCGUCAAGACCGCGGCCGGCUGGGGCCAGCGGCUGCGCGGUGCACCGACCUCGUCGGACCGCUCCUUCGCGCUGUCCAAGGAGUGGGACCGCAUAUGCCCACCGACGCUGAAGCUCGCGCCGCGCUACUCGGACUCGUUCAGGAAGCGGAUGGACCUUGCCACGAACUUUCACCCCGACGUGGGUGCCGGCUCGUCGUCGUCGACCCUCAGCACCGCACCGUCCUUGUCGUCUUCCACCUCGACCUCGUCCACUGCCUCCUCGCUGCUCGAAGACAAGGAGCUCGGUCUCCUGUUGGGAGGCAGGACACCGGAGGACAGAUUCCGCAGCUUGACCGAUUGGAAGUGGGGAGAGUUCGAGGCGAUGGGGUUUGGGGACGUGUCCGACAAGCAGAAGCUGCAGUUCGACUUGACCGAGAGUGCGAGAGCUGCCCGCUCAGCGAAACGUGCGACGCUCACCUGGCAAGACUUCUCCUCCACAGGUUUCUCCCGGAACGACGCACCUCUCAGUACUACUCUGCAAUUUAGCACGCCAGUAACGAAGACGAUCGACGCUUGGCCUCAGCAAUCCCAAGAAAUACACCGAAAAUUGAAGAAAACGCAGAAGGCGCUGCCCUCGUUUGGCUGGGACACGGAGCCGGUCGUGGGCGCCGAAGAAGUCAUCGAAGAAGCUUUCAUCGAUGUAUUCUGCGAUUUGAUAUACGGUGGCGGCUGGCUGGAUGUCGAGCGUGGAGAAGAAGCGGACCGGGAGUGCAACUGGGCUCUGGUUGAGUUCAAGUCGCUUCCGGUCACGCGGGCCAACAUGACCUCUGGCACAUCUGAUCCCCGAACGUCGAUGACACUGAUUCUGUUCGAAGAGUUCGUUCCUCUGGAAUACAGGCAGCAGCUCUACACCAGCGGAUCGACUCGACGGCGGCUUCCCUCGUUGUUCGGCACACCAUCCCGCAAGCAGUGGAAGCCUGCCGCGACUCUCAAUGGCAGACCGUAUGUCGUAGGCCAUGUACCGCACAGCCCAUCCUACCGUGAGGUAGAAUUCGAGGGUCUCAUACGCUCCAACGAGAGUGCGACGAAGGUUAUGACGCUCAGGCCUCCAGCGAGGGCCGAGUCAACGAAGACAGUGACACCGCCGCAGAGUAUCGGUAUGCCUCCGGUGCAAGCGAAGCCCAACCUGUUCUUGACACCUGUGGCCGCCACGGAUACGAGCAUGAAGAGGAUUUCCAGCCGGACCAGCGACAGCGGAUCGACGAACAGUCGUUCAGGUACACCGGUGCAGAACGGAAACCGCAAGUCUGUUUUUCGGCUACCCAUGAGCCCGACGACGAAUCGUACAGCGGGACUCCCCCCUGCUGAACACGACCCUGUAGAUUUUGAGGCGAAGACGAUCUACGGGGACGAGCCCAUGGGACAUAGCCGGGGAAGGCCGAGUGAAGACGCAUGGGUGGACAUCCUUGUGGCGAGCAGCUCCCGCCGUCUUGACGCACAGGCCGCUGAACUCCAACCUGGCAGCGGCCUUCGUGGCGACCGCUCCGAUCCUGAUCUCGCCAGCCAGGAAGUUUCGGAGGUGCUCGCGGCCGUGCGCAACGGCAGAGUCUUUUCCGACGAUGAAGACAGCAUCAUGGAGCCCGUGACUGUCGAGUCGGAGAACGAGAAUGGUCAUCAUCAAGACAAUCUCACUGUUGGUUCUACAUCUGAAUUGGAUCACUCCAUCGCACCCGGGAGUUCGAUACUGGACGGGUCAUCGGUGGGCGAUCUGGAGCGGGAAGAGGAAGAAGAAGGGCAGGACUCAGUACCCUUCAGGCCGAAACGGCUGGGCUACUUCGACUUGCACCCUGACCGCCGACCUGUAUUUAACGAGGACUCCACAGAAGUGUCGCAAGCUUCCUCAAGUACAUCGGUCCCUGAGCUCCGCAUCGAACCUUCAGCAGACGAACCGCGCCCGUCAUACGAGAGCGAAGCAUCCGAGUAUACCGAGUCACAAUCCCAUGACGACGCGCCUGCCCCGCCGCCAAGGGCACACAGCCCCAAGCCACGGAGCGUCUCCCUCGCGAACGGGUCUCCCGCUCCGUCUCUCCCAAAGAGCCCGGCUGCACCUGUCCCGCCCGCGCCGCAGGCGAGCAAGACGGCGUCGCUCAUCGAGAUGUACCGCGCGCGCGAGCAGGCGAGCACCGCCAGCCCGCCAUCCAAGCUCCCCGUACGCGCCGGCGCUUCGCCCCAGCCCGGCGCCAGCCUCGGGCUUUCCUUGGCCGACCGCAGCCGCCAGCUGAACGUCCCUGCGCCCCGCUCGAGGUCGCCUUCGCCCUCGGCUGUGUCCGUGGACAGCGUCGACGAGUCACUCUCGCAGCCGCUGUCGCAACCGUACCUGGGUCUGGGGCAUGCCGACGCUGGUCUGAUCAGCAGCGCCAGCAACCCGAUACCGUACGUGCAUGGCGCGCCGCUGCACAAUGUCCUGGAAGAAGAAGAGGACGAAGAGGAAGAAGAGUAAGGGCGCGGGUGCUCUUGCUCACUACCUCGCAUUGCGCCGAGACUGCGUCGCGUGCGUCGCCUUCAGGUUAGAUCUCUUUCGGGGAAUGUGGCUGUAAUAUUUAUCAUUUCUGUUAAGGACUUUCUCUCUGUGAAUCUGGUAAAAUGCUCUUCUCGUGCUUUCCUUGCCUACUUCAUACAUGCCUAGUCUGCGGCCUCUUGGACGUACAUGCUCCCCUGAUUUUCGCAAUGUCUUCGAGAGAAGAUACCUACCGUUAUUUCUCGAGAUACCACUGCAUCCUGGCUUUUCAUACCGGAUCGCUUUCUCGCUCGUUCUUCCUCGCCCGUUCACGUACCC